AGGACCCCCUAACAGAGAGCUAUCCGUUUGACGUGGAUGUUUCUCUUUCUUUGUAGUAUUGAAAGCAGUGAACUAACACACCGUGACGUUGUCCAACAAUGUUUUGGUUCCUGACGAUGACGUAACACACAAAAACAUGGUUCCCUUGUUUUGAACCUGAAAAGCGUGCUAAAUGUUUCCUUAAGUUCACCACGCACGAAGAUGCUUAUCCAACCCUGAAUGACCGGAAAACAUUUGCGAGAGACGAUGGCUCAGGCCGUGGAAACGUGUGCUGAAUCCGGACGCAGGCUGCGCUCCAUCUGCCGGAGGAUGUACGACGAAAACGAGGAUUUGUCUGACGUUGAAGAAAUUGCAAACAUCCGAGGUUUCAGUGUGGAGGAAAAACUCGUCAGUGACAGUUACAGUGCAAAAUUUGUCCACUCCAUGGAGGGUAAAGACUUCUCUUAUGAAUAUGUGCAGAGGGAGGCACUCAGGAUACCACUUAUUUUUAAAGAGAAAGCUGGAUUGGGGAUCAGAAUGCCCGAACCAGAAUUUACAGUGAGUGAGAUUAAGGGUUUAGUCGGCAGCCGUCGGUCUGUGGAUGUUAUGGAUGUUAGCACCCAGAAAGGCUCUGAAAUGAGCAUGGCUCAGUUUGUCCGUUAUUAUGAGACACCAGAAGAAGAGCGGGACAAACUCUUCAACGUCAUCAGCUUAGAGUUCAGCCACACUAAACUGGAGAACCUCAUCAAGCGGCCCACAGUGGUGGAUCAAGUGGACUGGGUGGACAACAUGUGGCCUCCUGAUCUCAAACACAGCCAAACAGAAGCAACCAAUGUCAUCUCAGAAAUGAAGUACCCUAAAGUGCAGAGGUACUGUUUGAUGAGUGUGAAAGGCUGCUACACAGACUUCCACAUCGACUUUGGAGGAACGUCUGUUUGGUAUCACGUAUUUAAGGGACAAAAAGUGUUUUGGCUUGUGCCUCCAACCCCUCAUAACCUCACCCUUUACGAGGACUGGGUCCUGUCAGGCAAGCAGAGUGAUGUUUUCCUGGGAGAUCGAGCGGAUGGAUGCCAGAGAGUGGAGCUUAAGCAGGGAUACACCUUCUUCAUUCCAUCUGGGUGGAUUCAUGCCGUGUACACUCCUGAGGACACACUUGUGUUUGGAGGGAACAUCCUGCACAGCUUUAACAUUCCUAUGCAGCUUACCAUCCAUGAGAUAGAGAAUAGGACCAAGGUUCAUUCCAAGUUCCGUUUCCCCUUCUACUACGAGAUAUCCUGGUACGUCCUGGAGAGGUACCUCCACUGCCUGACCAAACGCUCUUACCUCUCUCAUGAGAUCCGUAAAGAGCCUGUAGUAAUGGACAAUGAGACGAAGGCAAACACAGAGAGCCCCUUCUCUGACUCGAGGAGCCAGGACAUGAACGAGGACUCGUGUGAGACUCAGGUCAGGGACGACCAGGGUGAAAAAUCUGACAGACCUGCCAACGAUGGCCCCUGCUCUCCCGACAACCAGAGGGGGCAACUCUUCAAAGCUGUGUUAUCUGUGGACUCGGAGGACAGCUGUAACCCCGGCUCGACAUCGAUAGAUUUCCCCCAAACCCCUUCUGACUCUCCAGCCUCAGAGUCGCCAAAUAAGUGGAUGCAUCUGACGGAGUUUGAACUGAACGGACUCAGGACUCUGGUGGAGAAGCUGGAGUCGCUCCCUGAAAAUAAGAAAUGUGUUCCAGAGGGAAUAGAAAACCCACGAGGCCUGCUGGAAGACAUGAAGGUUGUCUUAAAAGAACACGCUGAUGAUGACCAAAAGUUAGCGCUCACCGGAGUUCCUGUGGUGUCCUGGCCUAAGAAAGCUAUCAAGCCCCGGCCUCCCAACCGGCCAAAACCUAAGAUGGCAGCUUCUCCUGCAUCAGCAGUCAAGCUGUCAGCCAGUCGGGGAACAUCUGGUGCCAGGAGGAGAAGGACGCGCUGUCGGAAGUGUGAGGCGUGCCUGCGGACCGAGUGUGGAGAGUGCCACUUCUGCAAAGACAUGAAGAAGUUUGGCGGGCCCGGCCGCAUGAAACAGUCCUGCAUCAUGAGGCAGUGCAUUGCACCCGUGCUGCCGCACACAGCCGUGUGUCUGGUCUGUGGAGAGGCGGGGAAAGAGGACACAGUGGAGGAUGAGGAGGAAAAGUUUAACCUUAUGCUAAUGGAGUGCUCCAUCUGCAAUGAGAUUGUUCAUCCCCACUGUCUCAAGGUUAAGGAUUCAAACGGAGUCGUCAAUGACGAGCUGCCAAACUGCUGGGAGUGCCCAAAGUGCAACCAUGCUGGGAAAACAGGGAAAGCCUCAAAGCAAAAAAGGGGGCCAGGGUUUAAGUAUGCGUCGAACCUUCCUGGCUCGCUACUGAAAGAACCUAGGCCGAACCGGGAUUCAAAAGAGGAGCCGGAGCCGCCAAUGAUGGCUACGGCGACUGUAACUGCUCUGACUCCGACCUCUGCUGUGAAGAGAAAGGCGGAGCGGGAAGAAUGCCCGAAGAGGAAAGAGGACGAGCCUCCGAAGAAACGUCCUCCUCUGCUGUCCCUGGAUGGUACGCCCCGACCACGGCUUGAGGACAACCCUCUGAGAAAAAAGAGGAAACUAUUUGAUACCAACGAUGAACCUAUUAUUGUGAAAAAGAAGAAGAAGCUUUCAAAACCUGAGGAUCCUUUGACUCCGAAGAUGUUGCGGCAAAUCAAGACAGAGAAUGAUCACGGCGAUGAUGGAGACAACCAGGAGGAUCGGGAUGAAGACAGGUUUCUCUUAGACAGGAUUCGUUUUAAGCAGAAAAACGAGUUUGAUGAAAAGGGCCAAGGAGAAGACGAGGCCGGAGAGGAGGAGACAGUGAAAAGAGAAAGAGACAGUAGUGUAGAGGACAAAGGAAAGCUCCUGUUGAAUCCACUGCUGAGGACAUCAGCAGGCAGAGAAAGUGACUUAUUGUCCUCCAACUCUCCUAGAGCCGGGCCGAGCAGCGAAUCAGGAGAUGCUCAGGAGAGGAGCACUGCUCAUCCCAAGGCUCGCCAUCAACGCCGACGUCUCCCCAACAAAGAGCUGAGCAAAGAGUUCAAGCAGGAGAUACUGAAGAAGGAGGACCAAAAAAACAUCUCGGUGAAAGCGGAGGAGAGCCCGGCCAAUCACAACCGAAGACCACUGAAGAGCGAGGACUCUAUGACCAAUCAGAACCGUAAACCUCUUAAAACAGAGGACUCAGGCUCCAAUCAGAGCCGCAGGUCAAUUAAAACCGAGGAAGGACUAGCCAAUCAAAACAGACGUCCACUGAAAACAGAGGACAGUCUGGCAAAUCAGAACCACAGACCUGUAAAAGCCGAGCCUGACAACCAUGUAGAAGACCAAAAGCCAAGAUGGCCUCUUAAUAACGGGAGCGGCAACCUUGACGACUGGCUGCGGCACAGAGGGCAGGAAGUGACAGAGACAACACGCGGUUACUCACCGCUCAGCUGGAACAGAAGCCCGCCCAUCACACCCAUUUGUCCCCGCCCUGUUCCCUGCAGAUCACCGCCAAAAUGCAUCCAAAUGGAGCGCCAUGUGAUCCGCCCACCUCCCAUUAGCCCGCCGCCUGACAGACUCCCGCUAAACGACGGAGAAGCUCACCUGAUGCAGAGAGAGAUGUGGAUGAAGGUGUUCGGUCACUUGACGCACAGAGAUCUGUGUGUGUGCAUGCGCGUGUGCAGGACGUGGAACAGAUGGUGCUGCGACAAGAGGCUCUGGAAGCAGAUCAAUCUGAACCGCUGUAAGUCCAUCACGCCUCUCAUGCUGAGCGGAAUCAUCCGGAGACAGCCGGCAGCUCUGGACCUGAGCUGGACCAACAUCUCGAAGAAACAACUCAGCUGGCUCAUCAACAGACUGCCAGGUUUGCGGGUGCUGCUGCUCUCAGGGUGCUCAUGGGUAGCUGUCUCUGCUCUCUGCACGUCCAGCUGUCCCCUCUUGAGAACUCUGGAUGUUCAGUGGGUGGAGGGACUGAAAGAUGCUCAGAUGAGGGACCUGCUGUCGCCGCCUACAGAUAACAGACCAGGUCAGUUGGACAACAGGAGUAAGCUGCGUAACGUGGAGGACCUGCGCCUGGCAGGUUUGGACAUUACGGACACAUCUCUGCGUCUCAUCAUUCGCUACAUGCCCUCGCUGUCAAAACUGGACCUCAGCUACUGCAACCACGUUACCGACCAGUCCGUCAACAUCCUGACUGCUGCGGGGACGACCACCAGAGACUCGCUCACUGACAUCAACCUGUCAGUGUGUAACCGGGUCACAGACCAGUCGCUGACCUAUUUCAAGCGCUGCGGGAGCAUUUGUCACAUCGACCUGCGAUACUGCAAGCAGGUGACCAAAGAGGGCUGCGACCAGUUCAUCGCAGAGAUGUCGGUCAGCGUGCAGUUUGAACUGAUCGAGGAGAAAAUGCUGCAGAAGAUCAGUUAGGAAAAAGGAACACAUUAAUAAGUGGUGAAACUACUGACCACAAGGAGGCAGCAGACUACUGUGCGCUGGGACAUGAACGUCUGCAGAGGACUAAUCAGACACAGUCUCUGUUUCCGUAAAGGGAAGCCGUGCAGCUGAGCCAGAAUGUACAAAUCUUGUCCUGUGAAGACAAAAAAAUGCAAAAAUGUUUUUCUUCUUGUUUGCACUUGUUUCUAAGUUAUUUAUUUCUUUAUAUUGAUUGUAUUGUAUCUUGUUUCUCUUUUGGUGUUAUAGAUUAUUUUUUGUUCCAAUGCAAAGUUUAUUGCAUAAUAGAGUAAUAUUUUUGUAUCAGAAAGUGUUUCCUACAUUUAUGUGCAGUAUUGAUUGCACCAUUUACCGUUGAAAUUGAUAAUCAAUCGGCAUUGCUGUUAGGCUCUUUAUUGUUGCGAGGCAAAGGUCUAUUGAUUUGUUGCCAAACUGUAGGAUGGUAGAUUGUGUUUGUGAGUGUUUUUAUACUUUUAUUAUGUUUCUGACAUGUGUACAUUUGUAUUCCCAAACAAUGCCUCCAUGUCCCUUUGGGUAGAAGAAAAGUGAUUUGCACUGCUACAGUCAAAAUGAAUACAUGAAUGUAUUCACACAUACACUACAGUAUACAGUGACCAAGUAUAUAAAGCAUAUUUUUAACACUAAGAUGUUCUUAUACUACUAACAGCUACUAGUUAACCAGGCUCUAUUAAAACUGGCCUGCAUACAGUCUUUAGUAUAGUUGAUGCUUUGUUAAAGAAGCAUUUGAGCUCUGCAUGCAGCAAAGAAACAAGUUUACACCACAGCUAAUAUGUUGAACAAUGUAACAGUUUACUACAGUCAUUAGCUGAACUCCAUAUGAAACUAAAUGAAACUGAGUGUUUUAUUGGGCAACAGAAAGAAUCAAAGUCCAGGAAUGUACAGAAGCCAUAGCAGACUUGCAUCAAUGCUUUUUAUCGACUGCGUUUUCCUGUGAGGACGAGUUCACUUCGGUUGUUAUCCCGAGAUCUCAGCCUUUGUUUCCCGCUGUCCCCGGGAUAACUAGACCGGUUACGGGACAUUACGCCUCGUGGAAAAAGUGAGUAGCUAAAAUGUAUUGAUAAAUGUCUUCUUAGGGCUUCCUUAGGAAUGUGAUACAUUUGCAGAAAUCUUGAUGAGUGUUUCUCAACUGGUGGGUCACGGAGCCAUUUUCAGUGGAUUGCGAAAGUGUGCGUGGAAAAAAUAUUGUGCCACAAAAAAGUCUAUGAAGGGCUUUUAAAACAUGUUUGUCUGAGGUCCAAACCAUUUUUUCAUUGAACAAAUCUGAUUGGUUAAAAACUGAAAUCUGAAAUUCAUGUCCUGAUUUUUCAUGAGGGAGUUGGUGGUGGGUCCUGAGGCUGGACCAGUGGAGAACCACUGAUUGCAACUUAUUAGUGAUCCUUACAUUUGAAGAAUUUCUAUUUUUGAACAUAUCCAGCCACUUUCAUUUCACACAUGGGCCAACAAGCCCAAACUUAAGAUCACAAGUGUACAUUACAGACAGUGUUAAAUGAUACAUGUCAUUUAUACUGUGCCAUUGAAAAAAUAAUUCCAUUUUCCAGAGAUUUGUGUAAAUCUAGAAUUCUAUUUCUUUUUUUAGACAUUCCACUUUCAGCUGACAAACAACCAUGAACACUGUUUUAUUUCAAAUGUUUUCAAAUGUUUCUAGUUUGACUUUGAGAUUAAAUACCGAUGGAUGAAGAACACUACAAUAUUGAGUUGUAGUGUACUUUACAAGUGUUUAUCAUCAUUUAGUUUUAAUACCAUUUUUAAAAAAGACUAAUUUUGCUUUUGGACUCUGGAACUCUCCAGUUUCGGAUUUUUUUUGUUCUUAAAUAUUUUUUUAAAUUUUUUUUUUUUUUAGAAAUAAAGUCUUUAAAAGUAAUUGAGUAACUUUUGCGCAGCACUUAUACAGUUCAGUGGAUGGAUUGACAUAGAAAUGUUAUGUUCUUUUUUAUAUUAAACAACCUUGUCUCCAUCGUACAUUUUAUUUAAUUACUGAAAAUGUUCCGUCUGUACAUAUUGUACAUGUAAAGCCUCUAGGAAAAGUUAAGUCAACUUUUGGGAUAUUAAAUUUGUUUGAAACACGA